AUGAGUGGAUCAACGUUAGAUGUCAAGAACAUUGAUGUUGAUUUUCAUCUCCCAUUGUCACAUAGCAACAGGUCUUAUCAGCUUAUCGAGCUUCCCAAUGGCCUCAGAGCACUACUUAUAAGUGACAGAAGCAGCGAGCUUUUCUCAACAUCAAUGGUUGUUGGAAGCGGUUCUUGCAAUGAUCCAGACGAUGCUUUAGGUCUAGCUCAUUUGUGUGAACAUAUGCUCUUCCUAGGCACCAAGACUUGUCCCAUGCCUAAUCAGCUUGAUCAGAUUGUGUCUUCCGCAGGCGGGUUCACCAAUGCAUAUACCACGAUGGAACAGACUUGCUAUCAUUUUGAAGUCUCCUCCUUUGCCAAAAUGAGAGACGAGAGGGUUUUCAUCAUUGACAGCGUCCUCGAGAUAUUUUCUUCUUUCUUCAAGUGCCCUUUGUUCAAGGAGAGGUUCAUCAAAGGAGAGAUAAGAGCCGUUGAUGAGGAGCACAAAGGAAACACCAACAACACCGACAAAAUACUAUUUCAUGCAUUGCGCUCACUUGCUUCUCCCAAUCAUGUGUUUCACCGAUUUGGCACCGGUAAUAAGGCAACACUUAGUCAGAUCAGUCCAAAAAGGUUGCAGAGAUACCUCCGAGCUUACUUUCAGAGGUUUUAUCUUGCACGCAAAAUGGCUCUUGUCAUGAAAGGUCCCCAGUCACUCAACCACCUCAAGAAACUAGUUGUCGCUCAUUUCUCGGAUAUUCCCAAAUCUUCGCUUGACCAUGUUAGAUUAUCCGGACAGUCAUUUACGUCAGAUCACGACAUAUAUUUCAGCCCACAGCUCUACGGGUAUUUGGACACCCCAAUUCUUCAGCCUGAUAUCAAGACAGUGCUCCUCAAAGUAGCCAAUACGUCCAGGGUGAGAUUAUGUUACCCAUUACAAACGAUUGUGGACCUACCGAACUACCGUCGCAUCGGUAACAUCCUUUGUAAUAUUUUGGGGGACGAGUCUGAAAAAUCCUUAUGUGAAUACUUGAAACGAAAACGCCAAUGGGCUACUGGUGUUAUGGUAUUGGUACAAAACACAAUUUUCAAGGACGAUCUCUUGCUUGUCGACAUCGAUGUUACCCCCACUGGAUUGAGGAAUCUUCCGCAGGUUGUAGAUACUCUCCACUAUUAUAUCAAUUACAUCAUCGUGAGAAGUUCUCCUAGAGAACUUGCGUCUGUGAUUGAAGACUACAGCUCAGUGGAGGAUAAAUGUUUUAUGAAUCGUGAGACUGCAACAACAUUCGUUGACGAGAUAUGCGAUUAUGCCGAGAGGCUUGAGAAAGGCGGGAUAGCUUAUUCAGACUUGAUUCGAGGAUACGCAGACUGGACUGAUGGAGGUUCCAGUAUCAAGGUGGUAAAUGACAUUCAAAAGGCUGCAAUCCAGUGCUUUACAGAGGAGAACUUGAGAGUCGUUGUGGCUCACGAGGAUCUAUCACCAUUGAGUCUUUUCACGCUAGACCAGGCCUCCUAUGUGACCGCCGUGGAUAAUUAUUUUCAAUAUGAAUUCACGAAAGUUCUCAACAGUGAGAUGGUCACCUUCAUAAAUCCAGAUCUCAGCUUGAAUUUGGAGCUUCCAUGUAUUCCCAAACCUCUAAAAGAGCUGAUUAGCGACCGAAGGAUGACACAGCAGUCCGAAGUUGGCUAUAUAAGAGGUUUGGAGACUGCUGCUUCCGAGCCUUCACUUAUCAAAUUUGACAGCUCCUCGGAAAUAUGGAGUGUCAACAACGAAGGGCCAGAUGUUGAAACCUCUCGCAUUACUUUACACAUUGUUUUCAGAGAACUCGAAAGUACAGCAAAGAAUCUUGUGGGGAUCGAAGUUCUUACGGAAUUAAUUGGGGAGGAGCUCAAAUACGGCUUGUACCAUUACGAGUUAGUGGGGACCUUUUGGGGUAUAUUUGCCAACGUAAACGGUAUUCCGUCUAUCUUACUAUCAGUCAAUGGAGCAAAAGAGAGUGCUAUUUUCGUGUUUCAAGCAGUUUUGUCACGGCUAAGACAGCUUGGAGAAGGUUCUUAUGCGAGUGACUACCAAAAAUUCAAGAAAGCCAGGGUGAGAUCAAGAAAGAGAAUCGAGGAAACUCUUCAGGCAUCUGGUAUUCGAAAAGUCUUUUCCGCAACCUACCUUAUUCUUGAAGAGGGGCUCACUCUUCCUGAGGAGAAGUUAGAUGCAUUGGAGCUACUUGAUGAGACAGAUCUCGCAAUAAUUUCUGAGGGGUUGUUGAAAGCUGCUCCCUAUAGCCAACUUCUAUUGGACGGAGACUUCACUGACCAUGAGUGCUUUUACCUUCCAGAGUCAGCCAUCUUCUACAACGGAAAAACCACAGACGAGCAUCUUAACAAAGGCUCUAGCAGGUUGAGCUAUAAAAUACCCAGUGGACACAAUAUUUCAUUUCCCCUAAAAGGAGAUGAAGAUGAUACUGCAAAUACCGUCUUAUAUUUUCUUCAAAUUGGUGAUCGAAGCGAUAACGAAUUGUACUCUUGGGCCAAGCUUUUCGAGCACUUACUUUCAUAUACUGCCCUAGACGAACUCCGCACCAAUAGGAGACUAGCUUACAACGUCUUCACCGGCACAAAGUUUCUUCGUCGUACCUUCGGAAUACACAUAACCAUUCCAAGUGGGGAACAUGACUGUCAAAAGCUUUCGGAUGAGAUCGAGAGAUAUUUAGGCCUUCUCGAGAGCCGAUUAGAGGGGUACACAGAGAGAGACUUUCGAGAGGAAAUACUCGAACCAUUCCUCCAGACCUUGACGCAAUACUCCAACCAUAUGAAGACACCUUCCGGGCUAUUCAUGUCUCUACAACCGCUGCAAGGAUCUGGUGAUAAACCCGAGAAUCGUGAGUUUAUGACUCACUGGAGUCAAGUUGAUCAGAUCAUCAAUAGCACCUACCGCUUUGGGGGUACCGAAUGUGAGGAGCCCAUCGACAAGGCAUUUCUCAUGUCGCUUACCUUAAACGAAUUCCUUCGAUAUGUCAGGACAUACGUUUCCGUAAAAUCGCCGCAUCGGUCUUGUCUUAUUGUUGCUAAUGCUGCAGGGUCUCAGCUGCACCAAGCCAAGAAGUCGCAGUUUGCAGCCAUGAUCUAUAGCCAGCUUCAAGAACAAAACUUGAACAUCACACAAAAACAGGUGGACGAGCUUUUGGGAGAAUGCAAGGAUCAAGAAGAUUUCAGCGACAUUUCGGUACAUCUCAAGCGAUAUUUCAAGGAAAAUAAGCAAAACGGCCAGCUCAUUAAGGUGGCAUUUAAGAAUUUCGCGGGGUCUUUGUUUCGCAGCGCUGCAAUGAAGAUUUCCGCUCGGCCCCACAGAAGCAACUCCGAGAAGGCUUAUGCCAAGUCGGGACGCGGAUUAGCUGGUACGAGAAAUUACUGGCUUUGGAACAUCUGGUGCAUGCCAGAGAAGGCACUGCACAAGUAA